AAGAGCGAGCUCACGCCUUUAAUCCUGGCCUUGGGAUUAUACCAUGCCUUUAAUCCAAUAAAGCUGGGCGGAGAGAGGAAUAUAUAAGGCCAGAGACAGGACUCGGAGCAUUUAGUCGGAGAAUUCCUAGCAACAGAGUCGCACCUUCGCUCUGAGGAUUCUGAAGAGGUAAAAAGUCUCUAUAGCGACUGGCCGCUCUGUCUCUGAUCCCUCCUUUUUCACCCCCUAAUAUCUGUCUGCGGGUUUUUAUUAUAAAGAUUAAUUAGGAUUGCACUUCAGUAAGCUGUAGGAAAAAAGUAUACAGCAGAAAGAACAGAGACAGAACACGAGAGAACAGAGACUAAAGAAGGAAGCCAUUGGCCAAAUGGGUGGUGACAUUCACUGGUGCUCACAGCCCUCAGGGCCCAGGGGACAGAGGCAGAGAAGUCAAAGUCAGAGCCAUGGACAGAGCGAGCAGAAGUGCCUGGACCGCAAGGGGAGGAGAGAAGGCUGGCGACUGAGCCAGAGGCACAGGUCAGACUCAGAGGGAGACCCGCAGACUCAAAGGUGUGGGAGGCGAAGCAGGAGCGCUAGACCACGCCGAUUGCACUCACGGGACCUGUCCUCACAGUCUGACUCGGGUGAGGAGCCGGCACGGGGCUCCUGGGCACUGCACGGGCACUCCCGGUCCCCAGGGUCAACAGCAUCUAACUCUGACUCCCCGAGACGCUCUCGGAGCCCUGGGGCGGCUGCCCUGGCCCCGAGUCAGCAGCAGACACUGAAGGAGCGCCUGUGGCUGCGUGUGAAGCGCAGGAGGCAAGAAGAGCUGCUCAAGGCCUUGGAGACCCCCGAGGAGAAGCGCGCGCGGAGACUGGCCAAGAAGCAAGCUAAGGAGCACAAAAGACAGAAGAAGAUGGGCUGGAGCGAGGACUCCAUUGGGUACACCAACGCCGACAACCCCUUUGGAGACAGCAAUCUCCUGGGCACCUUCAUCUGGAUCAAGGCACUGGAGAAGAAAGGCAUCAGUCACCUGGAAGAGAAAGAGCUGAAGGAACGCGUCAAGAGGGUCCAGGAGAACAACCGGCUGGAGCUCCAGAAGGUGAAGCAGCUGCGGUUGGAGCGGGAGAGGGAGAAGGCCCUGCAGGAGCAGGAACUGGAGCAGCUGCAGCGGGACAAGGAGGCAGAGCACUUCAAGACCUGGGAGGAGCAGGAAGACAGCUUCCACCUGAAACAGGCCAAGCUGCGGUCCAAGAUCCGCAUCCGAGACGGGCGGGCUAAGCCCAUCGACGUGCUGGCCAACUACAUCAGCGCAGAGGACGACGACCUGGCCGUGGAGAUGCACGAGCCCUACUCCUUCCUCAAUGGCCUCACAGUGGCGGACAUGGAAGACCUGCUGGAGGACAUCCGGGUGUACACGGAGCUGGAGCAGGGUAAGAACACGGACUUCUGGCGGGACAUGACAAUCAUCACGGAGGCGGAGAUCGCCAAGCUCCUCAAGCUGGAGGCCUCAGGCAAGGGUCCGGGUGAGCGCCCCCGUGAGGGCAUCAACGCCGCGGUCAGCCCCGAUGUGCAGUCGGUGUUCAAGGGGAAGACCAGCAACCAGCUGCAGGUCAUCUUCCAGGGCAUCGAGGGCAAAAUCCGCGCAGGCGGCCCCAACCUGGACAUGGGCUACUGGGAGAGCCUGCUGCAGCUGCUGCGUGCGCACAUGGCCAGGGCCAGGCUCCGGGAGCGCCACCAGGAUGUCCUGCGGCAAAAGCUGUUCAGGCUGAAGCAGGAGCAGGGGGUGGACAGCGAGCCCACGGCCACCCCCAACCCCGGGCCCUCGACGGACCCCGCAGAAGCCGAGGGGCCUCCGGCAGCCGGGAAAGCAGCGGACGCGGACGGAGAGGCGGUGCCCAUGGAGGAGAACCUGAUCCAGCAGAGCCUGGCAGACUCUGACGACUACGACGCUGGCCCCUACAGCCCGCAGCUGCUCAGGGCGCACGAGCUGCCGCUGGACGCGCACGUGCUGGAACCGCACGAGGACCUGCAGCGCCUGCAGCUGUCGCGCCAGCGGCUCCGGGCCACAGGCGACGGGAGCGACAGCGACGGUGCCUUGGACGUGUUCUUGAGGCGCGCGAGCGAGGGCAUGGGGCAGGACGAGGCGCCGUUCAGCGUGGAGAUGCCGCUGCGCGGCUGCGCCUACCUGUGGGCGGACAAGUACCGGCCGCGCAAGCCGCGCUUCUUCAACCGCGUGCACACCGGCUUCGAGUGGAACAAGUACAACCAGACGCACUACGACGUGGACAACCCGCCGCCCAAGAUGGUGCAGGGCUACAAGUUCAACAUCUUCUAUCCCGACCUCAUCUGCAAGCGCGUCACGCCGGAGUACUUCCUGGAGGACUGCGCAGACAACCGCGACUUCGCCAUCCUGCGCUUCCACGCUGGACCGCCCUACGAGGACAUCGCCUUCAAGAUCGUCAGCAGCGAAUGGGACUGUUCCCACCGCCGCGGCUUCCGCUGCCAGUUCGCCAAUGGCAUCUUCCAGCUGUGGUUCCACUUCAAGCGCUACCGCUACCGCCGGUGACACCCGCCGCGGGCCAGGGCUGGCCCAGGACAGCUUCCUGGGAAGGGGGAGAGGGGGGGACGCCUCCCUCAGCAUCCUCCAGGCUCCAGUCACUGGCACUCUGUGAGCCAGGGCCCCCUCGGAUCCCAGACCAUCAGGAAGGAUUGGAACUGUUUCCCUGUAAGGACUGCUUUCUGUGGGAAGGAUUUCUUGUUCUUGUUUCCACGGACUUAUUCUACCCUUGGGACCCCAUGUGCUUUUGAUUCGCUUAAUGGAAAGCUUAUUCUAGAAAAAUAAAAAUAAAAAAGAAGGUUGUAACAAGAAAAAUAAAAGACCCAGAGUCCGAUUUGAUUGGGAUUCAAGCUCAAGGUGAAGAUCAGAGAAGCAAAGCAGCCAAGUAGCUCUUGCCCAGCUCAAAU